AUACUGGUUGAAGCGAGCAGACGACAUUUCGUUUGAACCUGCUUUUUGGACAAAACCUGUCGAAAAUUGGAUUUGGGUGCCAUUUGAGGACGUUUGUGUCAUCGUGUGAUCAUCUCAACGUGCUUGUGAUCUUUGUAAAGGUGCCUUGUGACGUCACAGCCCUUGACUCACGCGACGAAGUGUCACCAACGUGUUGUUCCCGAGGAAAACACUUCUGUGAUAACUGACUGUUGGUAGUCUUGCCUGAGGAAGUGGUGAAGCUGGUUGGCGGUUUCUUCUACCACAAGACCAGCAACGCGGACGGACAGUUUGAAGAGGUCAGGAAACUUGAAGGAAGCUCUGUGAAAUAUUGCAACGCUCAGCACGGAACAGUUCAUUGAAAAAGUCACACGGAAAAAUCAGGCUGCUUCCUCAGCUUGGACACGCAUUUGACAAAAGGUGUUGGAACUGAAUUAUAUCGUUCAUUUUUGAACGCAGAUUGUAGGAGUGAAGAUUGGAUAUCGGGACAUCCUUUGAGCUCAUCGGUAUUCGAGGAAGAUAUCUUAGUCUUGUAGACAAAAUGACGGAGUCGGUGUCUUAUCAGAAGGUGGCCCAGCACAAUGACAAUCGUGAAGGCGGACAAGAAAAAGUGGUUAUUGAGCCCGGCGAAAUCAAGCUUUUACCCAAAAUCAGCUUGCUGAAUGGGUGUACUGUCAUAAUCGGGUGUAUAAUUGGGUCCGGAAUAUUUGUUAGUCCCAAAGGUGUGCUUAUGUACUCGGGCAGUAUAGGAGCGUCUCUUCUCAUAUGGAUAAUAUGCGGACUAUUUUCAAUGGUAGGGUCAUAUUGUUACGCCGAGCUUGGAACAUCCAUCGUUCGCUCAGGGGCGGACUAUGCGUACAUUUACGAGGCCUUUGGACCGUUCGUAGCGUUCGUACGUCUCUGGGUGGAGUGCAUCAUCGUACGGCCGUGUACCCAAGCCAUCGUAGCACUCACAUUUGCGUACUACGUCAUCGAACCUCUUUUCCCGACCUGUGAACAACCGGAUCUGGCAGUCAGACUCCUCGCAGCGCUUUGCAUACUGGUGCUGACCUUCGUCAACUGCUACGACGUGAAAUGGGCAACGCGAGUCCAAGACGUGUUUACGUACGCGAAAGUGUUAGCGUUAAUACUCAUCGUCAUCACUGGGUUCGUGCAACUGGGUAGAGGUCAGUUUGACAGCUUCAAGAAUCCCUUUGAAAACACAGAACCAGAUAUUGGGAAAAUAUCACUAGCGUUCUACUCGGGUCUGUUUGCCUACAACGGAUGGAACUACCUCAACUUUGUGAUAGAGGAAUUGAAAGAUCCUUACAAGAACCUGCCCAAGGCCAUCUGGAUCUCCAUCAUCCUUGUCACCGUCAUCUACACACUCACCAACGUCGCCUACUUCACCACCGUGUCGCGGGAGGAGAUUGUCGGCGGGGCUGCAGUGGCUGUGAUGUUUUCCAAGCGGCUGUAUGGCUUUAUGUGGUGGAUUAUGCCAAUAUUUGUGUCGCUGUCAACCUUCGGUGGCGUCAAUGGUAUCCUCUUCACUACCUCCAGGCUGUUCUACGUGGGUGGCCGUGAGGGACACAUGCCUCAGAUUCUCAGCAUGGUGCAAGUUCAGAAGAUGACCCCCCUUCCGGCUGUGCUGUUCAUGGGGCUGCUGUCAUUGGUGUAUCUGGCUUCCUCCGACAUCUACGCCCUCAUCAACUACGUCGGCUUUGCAACAUGGCUGUCCAUUGGCUUGUCUGUUGUUGUGCUGCUUUACCUCCGAUGGAAGAGACCCGACAUGCCGAGACCAAUCAAGGUUCACCUGUUUUGGCCGAUCCUGUACACAUUGUGUUCCAUCUAUCUGGUUGUGUUACCCCUCUAUGCCAGCCCAGUAGAGACAGGCAUUGGUUGUGCUAUCAUCGCCACGGGAGUCCCUGUGUACUUUAUUUUUGUGUACUGGACAAACAAGCCUCAGAUCUUUGACAACUUUAUGGAGAGCACUACAACGAUGCUGCAGAAACUAUUCAUGGUCGUUCCUGAAGACUCCAAGAAAGCAUAAUGACUUCACAGCUUAGGAAUUUCACCUUUCUACUCUCUUUCACAAUGGACCUGCCCACAUUAAAUUCUCAUUAUGAUAAGAUAAUAUCAUCCCAGUUUGGACCAUCCCAAUACCAUUACAUUGUAGGGAAGGUUUUGAAAUUGAUCUUCUUAUUGAACUUUUUAGCAAGUCUUUCAACAGGGUAUAAUUUGUUAAAAUGUUGGCAGCGCCGGCUUUACCAAAGUGAUCUUGCGCCCAUCAUUUUUAAUUUUGUUGAAAUAAUCGUUGAUAGUUUUUAAGAUACUUAAGAUAUAAAAGGAAUAUGUGUUGACAUAGUGUAAGACAAGAAUAACUCAUUUGAUUGUGAAUGGGUUUUUCUUUCCUUGGAAGGGCUGAAGUUAUUUAACAAUAUAUGUCAUGAAAUAGGUUUGAACAAAACUUAUUCCGUAUUCAUAAUUUGUAUUAUUUUUUUAUGAAUGAAAAACAUAGGAAUAUUUUUUGGCUCAACCAUGGGUUAUUCAUCACCAAGCAUAAGAAUCACAUGCACAUGAAAACAUAUUUACUUUUUGAGACACACUGGUAUACUUGGACCCUGUUCACAGACUUGUGAUAGUCGUAGGGCUAAAAUUCCUUUGUGAAUAGGGCCAGGGGUUUUGAUAGCAGGAAAUAAAUGUUGGGUAUUUUUAACCUUUAACUUUAUUGUAAGACACCUAAUCAUCUAUUCAUCAUCAUCAUCAUCAUCAUCAUCAUCAUAGUCAUAUUCAUGUGUGUAGAUAGAACCCCUUGAACAGUGCUGAGAGGUAGUGAUAGUUUUUGUGUGACUCUAGGUAGUGAAUAAUGAUGGUGUACUUUGGGAAGCUGGUUCUUAGUCCUCUAAAUAGCGUUGGCACAAACAGCACUCAAGGGGUUUCACCAAACAUUUGCUGUUCAAAUAAAAACCUUAACAUUCAAUGCGGCCAAAAUUCUUAUGAUGAUUCAGUUGGCUUUUCUUUCGUCACAGAUGAUGCAUUUUGAUGGAUUACAGUUAUUGAAAUACAAUGCAUUUUGAUGGAUUACAGUUAUUGAAAUACAAUGCAUUUUGAUGGAUUACAGUUAUUGAAAUACAAUGCAUUUUGAUGGAUUACAGUUAUUGAAAUACAAUGCAUUUUGAUGGAUUACAGUUAUUGAAAUACAAUGCAUUUUGAUGGAUUGCAGUUAUUGAAAUAACAUGCAUUUUGAUGGAUUACAGUUAUUGAAAUACAAUGCAUUUUGAUGGAUUACAGUUAUUGAAAUAACAUGCAUUUUGAUGGAUUGCAGUUAUUGAAAUACAAUGCAUUUUGAUGGAUUACAGUUAUUGAAAUAACAUGCAUUUUGAUGGAUUACAGUUAUUGAAAUACAAUGCAUUUUGAUGGAUUACAGUUAUUGAAAUACAAUGCAUUUUGAUGGAUUACAGUUAUUGAAAUACAAUGUAUUUUGAUGGAUUACAGUUAUUGAAAUAACAUGCAUUUUGAUGGAUUACAGUUAUUGAAAUACAAUGCAUUUUGAUGGAUUACAGUUAUUGAAAUACAAUGCAUUUUGAUGGAUUACAGUUAUUGAAAUACAAUGCAUUUUGAUGGAUUACAGUUAUUGAAAUACAAUGCAUUUUGAUGGAUUACAGUUAUUGAAAUACAAUGGAUUUUGAUGGAUUACAGUUAUUGAAAUAACAUGCAUUUUGAUGGAUUACAGUUAUUGAAAUACCAUGCAUUUUGAUGGAUUACUGUUAUUGAAAUACAAUGCAUUUUGAUGGAUUACAAUUAUUGAAAUACCAUGCAUUUUUAUGUGGAUUUUCAAACUGGAAAAAAUGAGUAAUCGCUUGUAUGAUAAGUGAUGACUUGGUCCGGAGAUUUGAAUGCAGCAAACUUUAAUUUGAAAGUUGGUAUUCUGUCAAGUUGCUAUACAUUAUGUAACAAAUUCAUUAUGUUAUUGUAAGGACUUAUACACCAUUUGUACUGCUAGGUUGACAUGAUUUGAGGAUGAUAUACAAUUCAGAUAUGUUUAAAAAAUUUGCAUGAAUUGUGUCUAAUAAUGUUUCUCAUUUCAUAAACCCCCUUUGUCAACCAUUUCUUUUCCACAAGGGCAGGUAACUCUAAUUUGCCAACCCUAAGCCAAACUGAAGUCCAUUGUGAACUUUCCCUCAGAACUGCUCUUUCCGCUAUUGAUAUUCUUCACAAAGAAAAUAGCAAAGUGUAGACUUAUUUUAAUUAAUUUUACUGUUUGCAGUGAAAAGCAUGGGCAUUACUAUUAUUAAUCUUAUAAUUAUUACAGUAGUUAUUCAGUAAAUAACUGCCACAUGGGCACAAUGUGUUAAGCCCAUUUCUGGUGUCCCCCGCCGUGAUAUUGCUGGAAUAUUGCUAAAAGCGGCGUAAAACUUAACUCAGUCAGUCAGUAAAUAACUGCCCCAGUUAUUGGUUUGAUAAGUUUAAGCUCAACUACUAGUCAUUUUGUUUGUAAUUAUUUCUUAACAAAGUCGUCUUUGCAUCAAAAUUCAUGCCGUUUUAAUUUAUUUGCCAGGCAUGAAUAACAGGGCAUUAGGGUUUCAAUUGGGGGGUAUUUGGGUUAUUCACACAAAAUAUGGGCUCACUAGACUUGUGGGCAGUGUAUGAAAUAAGGCCCGUCCGACCGCCCGAGACGGGUUAGAUUUCAGCAGAUGGUCUAGAUUUACAGCUAGCCAGCCCGAUGGUCUGGUAAAAAAUUUAAAUGUUAUAUACAUCUGAGUCAUAUCUUGGUUUCUGGUCUGGUUAAAUCCAUUUUGGACUGGUAACAUUUUGAAGUUACCAGCCCUGAUGUCUGACUGGGGUUUUGGCCUAUUUCAUACACUGCUUGUGGGUUACGUGAAUCACGUUCUUUGUGUCUGCACCCUGGUAUGCAGUGUGGUACUAGGGUAUUUGUACCAAAUAUAGGCUCACUCACCUUGGCGCCAUUGUCCUGAUAGAGCUACAGUACGGCAGCAGCAUCGAACACAACUUACUCACUCACUCCUUUGGGCGGCGGGGUAGCAUAGUAGUUAAAGUGUUUGCUCGUCCAGCGAAGACCCGGGUUCGAUUCCCCACAUGGGUACAAAGUGUGGAGCCUAUUUCUGGUGUCCCCUGCUGUGAUGUUGCUGGAAUAUUGCUAAAAGUGGCAGAAAACCAUACUCACUCACUCACUCUCUUCGCUGUGCUAAAAGUGGCAGAAAACCAUACUCACUCACUCACUCUCUUCGCUGUUCUGGUUAGGACCAAUCGACAGAGACAACACCGGUGCCUUAAGUUCUGGUAUUUCUUGCAUGAGCAGGAUUAAAUUCAGAAUUUGGCAGGAGUGUUAUAAACAAAUAUUUUAUAUCGAUCACCAGAUUAUUAUUUUUUUUCACUAAGAACAAGAAAAUAGGUUUGUCUGAAAUACGUAAGAAUUGACUUGAUAUUACUUGUGAAUGCAAUACAGUGUGUAGAAACAUGCUUGUCCUUCAUAUAAGAUAGAAAAUUUCUUGCCAUUUAUAAGAAUUAUAUUUUCUUUUUGCAUGGCAGUAUUUUUUAUUUCUGUAAACUUGUCAAUAUUUAGGGGCUGUUUUCUGAAAUUGUAUAUUCAUCAACUUCCAUUAUGAAUUGUUUGUACAAGUUGUUUAUAUUUUUGUAGUUCCUUGCCCACUGAACCUUGAGUUGUUAAGUCGGAUUGUUAUGCAUUGCAGUUUCUGUGAACGGCUUCACAGGAAGCUGCCCAUUCAUGUUUUAGCAUGGUAAAUAAACAAACAUAUUUUUUUGUCCCUUGAUUGAGUGUUUUGUUCUGGUUUCACAAACAUGUAUUUAUUAGGUUGUUGUGUUGUUGAUAACUUGGAUGAUACACGAUAAGUUGUGGAAGUAGUAUUUCAUCAUAGACAAACACAAUUGCAACAAGUCUAAUUUUAGACUAUCUGUCAAAUAUAGACUAUUAACAGUAAUCUUUGUUUGUGUUUGUUGAUGAAAUGAAAUUGUGUUAAAAUAUUCGUGACUGAAAAUAUGAUUUCCUCAUGUUAAAGACACUGAUUUUAAUGAAUCAGUGUUCAAGAUAUUGGAUAUGCUUGAUGAAUAUUGUCUUUUGAACAAUAUUAUCCUUUAGGGAAUCAGCAUGUUAACAUUUUCAGUUACCAUGGCAACCAUGUUAUUUACACUUGCAAGGAAAUCAGUAUCAAGUACUUGUGCACUUAAUGAAAUGAAACAACCUUAAACUAGAAAAUUGGACUCUUGUUAUCCCAAGUAUUUGUUCUCAUUUUUCGUCAAUAUUUGGCAAAUUAUAUUUACCUUAACUGAGUUGAGUUUUUUAAAUGAAUCUUAUUGUAGCUUGUAGGUAGUUGUCGAGUUUAGCUGAUGGUAAACACUUGAUAGGCAUUUACGUGACACAAGGAGGUAUGACGUAUGUUUAUGACAUGAUAAAUUGUGUAAAUUGUUUGGAGAGUUACAGCAUUGGAUUAUAGCUUAAUGGGUGUGUAGCGGGGUGUCAGUAUAUAUAGAUAUGCUUACUACACAUAGCGUCAUAACUUCCUUGUGUAACUCAAGUCUGUAACAUACUCAUGUUGAAUGUAACAUUGUAACAUUUCAUUUUUAUCCCCAAAAAAAUUCACUUGGAAAAGGGACUGUUGAUUUGCUUUUGAAACAUGACAUAAUAUAGGUGUAAAAUUUCAGUUCUGGAUUGAAGUGAAUUUAUAUAGAUAAUUUUUUGUAUGGUGGUAGUUGUACAGAAUGUUUUAGAAUGGUUUUAGAAUAACAAUGUGAUAAAGGUAAUGUUUUACUGAGCAGUUAAAAGUUCAACCAAGACUCAUUUUGAAUUCAAGGGCAGAUAACUCUGACCAUAUGUCCUUGUGACACGGAAUGAAUGCCCCCACAUAAUUUAGCGCACAGAUUCAGGAAAAGUGCUUUGAGAGCACCCCCUGUUCAUAAAACAUACUAACGAUUCAGAAGCUGUAAUGGUGUUUGGGUACAUGAACAAUUAAACUAGUCAAAAAAUAAGAUAACAAUCCAAAGCGAAUAAUCCAAACAAGUUAUCCUUCAUUGGAUUUGAACCAAAAUAAAAAGCCAAGAGCCAAAAAACUUCCAUGAAUAUAUCACAUUUGACAAAGAUGAUGUCUGUUUAAGAGGUUGUACUGUAGCUUGCUGCUUGAGGGACUUGCUGCUUGUAUAACUUUGUGUGUGUGAGACUUGUGUUGGAGCUAUUGGUGACUGUAUCGUUGUGAAGAUUAAAAGAUUUUGAAUCUUGACUGUAGUUCAUCUCAUCAGGUAUUGCAGUGCUGCAAAUGCUUCAUGUCUUCAGUGCAAGUAGAUGAAGUUGUGAAACAGUUUGGACACCGACCUCACCAUUUAUGUGCAGAAUGUUAGACAGAAAAACAUGUUUGUCAAGUUAUCUGGAAAUUGUCCCAAUCACAUUCAAAUCUGAUGUUUUACUCCAAAACGAUACUAUUCAGUUACCACAUCUGCAUUAAAGGUCGUAUUCCCCAUUA